AUGAGCAUCGAUCUAGAUAAUAUUAUAAAGAAAGCCGUGAACUUUGCCGAGUGCGCUACUUCAGAAGAUAAAGCACAGAAUUAUGAGGUAGCUGCACAAGCCUAUAUGGCUGCUGCAAAUUGGUUUCUGCAUGCGGUAAAAUAUGGAGCUAUAAACGAACCGACAAGGCAAAAAAUACGUGCAAAAGUUAAGACGUAUAUUCAACGAGCAGAAGAUAUUAAGAAGAUCAAUGAUAAGAAUCCAAAGAAAAAAGAAGCUGUGGUCAGUGAUGAUAAUGGUCAGGAAAGGUCAAAACGUCAUAAAGUUAGUGAUGAUGAUAAUAUAGAUGAAGAGAGAAAACAUAUGAUGCAAAAAUUUCAAGGAGCUAUUAUCACUGAUCAAAAUGUUACAUUUGAUGAUGUUGUCGGGUUAGAACAAGCUAAAACGGCAAUGCGAGAAGCAGUCAUCUUACCAGUUAAGUUUCCAAAACUUUUCACAGGUAAACGUAAACCAUGGGCAGGUAUUUUACUUUAUGGACCACCUGGUACUGGCAAGUCAUUUUUGGCUAAAGCAAUUGCUACGGAAUGUAAAAGUACAUUCAUUUCGAUCACUUCAUCUGAUCUUCUUUCGAAAUAUUUGGGUGAAAGUGAAAAAGGUGUAAAAGGCUUAUUUGAACUUGCUCGUAAACGACAACCAUGUAUUGUAUUUAUUGAUGAAAUUGAUGCUUUAUGUGGACAGCGUAAUGAUACAGAAUCUGAAGCAUCAAGACGUGUCAAAACUGAAUUUCUUGUUCAAAUGCAAGGGGUUGGAACAGAUAAUUCAGGUGUUCUUGUUCUUGCUGCAACCAAUAUUCCUUGGGCAUUGGAUUCAGCUAUUCGACGACGUUUUGAAAAGCGAAUCUAUAUUUCACUUCCAGGUGUGAAUGAACGAGCAGAUAUGUUUAAAACACAUUUGGGUAUCGAAACUCUUCAUACAAUAAAAGACCAUGAAUGGAUGGAAUUAGCACAAAAAGCUGAACAUUAUUCUGGUGCUGAUAUUGCUGUUGUUUGUCGAGAGGCUUUACUAAGACCUAUUCGACGACUUAGUUCAUCAACUCAUUUCAAACGAGUGCAAAAUCCAGAACAUGAUGGUCCAAGUCAACUUUGGCUUGCUUGUUCACCUGGAGAUCCAGCUGCUCAAUCAUUUACAUUAGAGAAAAUAACUCCUAAUGAGUUAUGUGAACCACCAGUAAUCAUGUCUGAUAUGGUAGCUGCACUUGCUACGCAAAAAGCAACAGUAGGUGAACAUGAAUUGGGAAAAUAUCAAAAAUUUACCCAAGAAUUUGGUCAAGAAGGUUCAUAA